UACUAGUAUUAUUACCAAAAAAAUGUAACAGGUUGUACACUCUUCCUGAUUACCUUAAACCUAGAUGUCUAAAAUAAGAAUGCUGUGAUCUCCUGUAAUUGAGGGAGCACAACUCAAAUGUACACUAUUUUUUGUUUGCAAAUGUGUUUUUGUGUAUUCUUUGUUAGAGAUCUAAUAUUAAAUAAAUAAAUAAACCUGUGUUGUACUGUUACACCACGCACCAGGAUCUUCUCCUUAAAAUUACUCAAAGUUUUUUAAUCUUUUGACAUUAAGCACAUUUUAAAAAAAUGAACCUGUUUUAAUCAAUCAUGUAAUGCAAUAUAAAGGCAAGGAUAAGCUGCGUUCCUAUAAAACACAAAGUUGAAUGAAUUUAAAAACAUUUAAAUAACGCUUGUGCAACAGUGAAUACAAAAUGUUGGUAAAAGGGAUAUUGUGUGUUUGCAUCCAAGCCGUUCUCUAUAAGGCUGUCGUAACACAAUGCAUAAGAUCUCCCCAGUAUUCCGGUGAAGGACUAUAUCCCGGCAACAACCUGUACAUUGACAGAUUCAACGAGAUUGAACCAGUUGCUCCUCUCUACGGCCGCGUCAUUGGCGGCAACCUUAUAAUCGAUACUACCGCUCCACACGCACAUAUCGGACCAGCUGGAGUAUCGAUAUUCUCCGACAACUUGAUAAUCGAAGGGCCUGUCUUAGUAUCGGGUAAGCUACCGUUUCUAGGAACAGUGGGGCUAGAAGGUAUUCUCCAGUCUGUUGGUAAAGGUUCAGUGUCGUAUCAGUACAGCAAUAAUAUUGGUCUUGCCGAAACUAGUCCAAUAAGUGGCCCAAACUUGUCGAUUACAGGAAGAAGACUACCGAGAGCGAUUUCCGACUAUAAACGAUUAAGUUAUAGCAUUCUGUGAUGUAGUGUUAAUAAAUAGUGUAUAUAAUAAAUAUUAAUUAAAUGUUG